AUUUAGGCGCCCAGUUAAGCCAUGCCUGAUAGCGAUGUCGUGUAAACAUUCGUGUAUUACAGUUUGAUAUGAUUUUUUGGGAUAUCUUUUAACGGUUUCUUUACUUUUUCCUCAAAGGUCCACACCAUGAAGGCCCUUCCAGCUGAGACAGUGCGUUUGCUUUGCAGUUCACAGGUUAUAACAUCUGUCCUGAAUGUUGUCAAGGAACUUGUGGAAAAUUCACUUGAUGCUGGUUCUACAAGCCUUGAAGUCAAAUUGGAUAAUUAUGGAUUGGAUCGCAUUGAGGUCAGAGACAACGGUUCUGGAAUCAAAGCUACUGACGUUCCCGUGAUGGCCGUAAAACACUACACAUCUAAAAUCUCCUGUCACGAAGACCUGGAGCACCUAGUGACGUACGGCUUCAGAGGAGAAGCACUGGCCUCCAUAUGUGCUAUUUCAGAGGUGGUCAUUACUACCAAAACAGCCGAUGAUGAUUUUAGCAUUCAAUAUACUGUUGACCACACUGGUCAAAUUGUCUCUCAGAAACCAUCUCAUCUUGGCAAUGGUACCACAGUCUGUGCUACAAAUCUGUUCAAGAAUCUCCCUGUCAGACGGCAGUAUUACUCCAACACUAAGAAAUGCAAAGAGGAACUGAGAAGAGUCCAGAACUUACUGACGGCCUAUGCAGUUGUUAAGCCUGAAUUAAGGAUCACGUUGAGUCACAACAGGGCUGUGGUCUGGCAGAAAUCCAGGGUGUCGGAUCACCGAGCUGCCCUCAUGGCCGUGCUCGGAGCUGCCUUCGUAGCCAACUUGCUCCCCGUCCAGCAUCGCCAGGAGCAACCAGAGAUCAACAUCGAUGGCUUCUUUCCCAAACCAGGCUCAGAUUUUAAUUCCACAAGUUCUUCAAGCCCCGAUAAAAUGUUUAUCUUUGUUAAUAGCCGACCAGUGCAUCAAAAAGAAAUCCUGAAGCUUGUCAAGCAGUACUACACCAAUAGUCAUUCUAAUAAUGAAUCUGUAAGCCGCCGAUAUCCUCAUUUAAUGAUGAACAUCACCAUACCUGCCUCAACUUUGGACGUCAAUCUGACACCCGACAAAACUGAAGUCAUGCUGCAGAAUAAGGAAGAAGUGCUAUUGGCUGUGGAGACUAUGUUGAUCUCUUUGUAUGGGUCUUACUCCAUUGGCGAUGAUAAUCUCAAAAUAGGAGAAACCAGCACUGCGCAUGUCCAAAAUCAACAGGCGAUUUGUGCCGAUAAGGAAGACCCACCUGAACACCCUAGCAUAGCUGUGCGCACAAACACCACAGAUAUCAGCUUAUUGGACCCAUCACCAGAAGAUACUUCUACAGAUGCAGGUAAACAUGAGCUAUCUUUGGACAAUACCACAAAUACUAGUUCCUCAUCAUCAUCAGAGGAUUGGAUAAUCAACAGAUCAAGUGAUUUUGACAGUGUUAAUUCCCCAGCUGUUGACGACAUUGCAAUGAACUCUACAGCCGAUCUUAACUCAAACUCUCCAAAGAGUGACAGUGGCGAAAGUCAAGAGCCUAUAAUAUCUGCCAAGAGUUGGAGCAUGGGCAAGUCUUUCUCGAAUCCAAUCACAGGAGAGGGCCUAGAACCCGUGAAACUCCAUCUUCCGAAAGCAAAGCCCAUAGCUAAGGGGGAUAGCCCGUCCAAGAAGCCAUCUAGUGUGAUCAUGGAGAGGAUGGCCAAGCUGACAGCCUACGACCUGAUCAGCAACCGCUCUGUGCGUCAGCCCUUGUCUGCCUUUUCGCUGUUUGAGCAAGACACCAGAUCGCAAGUCCUCCAGGAGAACCCAACAGCCAGUCCUCAGGAUGUCACAACUGCUGUAAAAGAGCGAUGGGAAAGCCUGGGGGAGGAAGACAGAACGAAGUAUGAAAGCAAGGCAGAAGAAUCACUGAACUCCUCCAACCUUCAAAGGAAGAGGGCAACAGAGGGAGGUGGCCAGUGUGCAGAGGGCAAGAAGCAGAUGAAUGCCGACUCUUCAUUGAACAAAGCUCAAGGCGUGAAGCGCAAGGCCCCCCUCUCCAACCAGCAGGCCCUGGACAAACUCUUCUCCACACAGCCCUCGAGCAAAAGGAGCCCUGCCAAGAUCUCCAAACCCCUCCCGUUCAGUAUUGCAACCCUCAAGCGGAGUCUUAACCUCCUCUCUUACCAGAAGAGCUCGAGUGCGCAGGGCCUCAGGCUUGUAAACCGAUUGGCUUCUCACGGUGCCUGGGUCGUUUUAUGCGGCAGAAAGCUCAUGUUGUUGAACCCGUUUCGAGUGGAGGAGGUCUUGCUGUUUAAAAGACUUCUGAAGAAUAAUAUACUUCCAACAGCGCGACUGCAGACCCCUGUACAGCUGACAGAUGGGGUACUUGGUGGUCAGGAGUACAUGGAUGUUCUUAUGAACAUGGAGAAAGGCAGUCCAUGUCUUAAUGGAGACACCUACUUUACUGAUCCUAGGCUUGUGGCAAAUGGUUUUGAGAUUAAGCUUACUCCAGGUUCCUUGUCUACUGAGAGAUGUGUUGAAGUGACAGGCAUGGCUGACUGCAUGCCUUUCUUCGGGAUAGGAGACCUGAGGGAGAUUCUGCAGGCUAUUAAAGCUCGGGAUGCAAAAACCGUGGAGCAUUGUAGACCUCUCAAAGUGUCAAACUACCUAGAGAGUGAGGCUGUAAGACUAGCUCGACAGUUACCACUGAAUCUCCCCAGAGCUGAUGUAACAAACACUCUCAGUCGAAUGACAGAGGAACUUACUGAAGAAAGUCAAGUCUGCCUUCAUGGACGACCAUUUUAUCAUGAUCUACUUACUGUUCCUGAAUCAGAGGAGGACGCUCUUAAGAUCAUGUCUAGUUAUGGAUGUUAAUAUCUUCAAUACAGGUCAUAAAUUUUUUCUUUUCUGUAUGUUGCAGAGUUGUCUUCUGGAAAAUAAAGAUAUUUUUUCUAGACGAAUGGCUACUUUUAGUCAGAUAUAAUUUUUUAAGGAGAUAUAAUUCUAUAAAAGGAGCGGUGAAUCAAAUACUCAAUUUUAACUUGAUACUUUGUUAUAUAAGAGGUCAUCAUAGUUAAAUGAACAUCCUGCAAGUUUCAGAACUGAAAACGCCCGUGCUACUGAAAUAUAACAGUUUUUGGCACCAAGCCAGUUUUACAACCAAAUGUGGAAUUUGGAGAAAUAUGACGUCAAAGUAGAAUUGAAGCACCUCCCCAUAGCCAAAUACAACGACCACUUUUGUAGCCCCGUCCACAGCUUCGUGUGACACACGUGUCUCAAUCAGUAAACAAACAUGUCUUUAAAGAUUGCCAAAUGUAUCCAAAAUGACUUUUAAAGAAAUUUUUUCUGAUAGACUUUUGUUUUGACGCGGUGAUCUGUUAUGAUAGAGUAACAAUGGUAUCGAAGUCUUGGUUGUGGAAGAACCGCCUGGGAACAACACAGAAGCUGAAUACUUUAAUUCGGAGGCUCGGAAAAUAACAUUAGGAAUCGUGGAUAAAGUUUUUUUUUUUUGAGUUCCAGUUCGCGUGGGGAGUGUUUGAUUACCUUGUGUACUGUGCGGAUUCACUUGUAAAGAAGCAAGUCGAUGCUGGAUUUGCAGAUUAAAAGCACCACUAAUAUUGGAUCUGACGAAAAUGACACGAUGAAGAGAUCGCUUGAUAUGUCCUGUUGUAACAUCCGUGUCUAAACAAGUAUGUUUGACUGUUUUAAUUUACUAAAAACAUUAAACGAUUAAUAAAGGUGCAACACUUAACAAUACGAUUGUAAUUUAACGGUAGAAAUAUGCAAAGGUAGUGAUAAGGAAGGAUUUAUCAGCCGCAAUUUAGAUUAUGAUGCACGCUUACUGUGUUGUAUACGGUAAUUUAGGCAAGUUGAACGGUCAAACACUCAACAAAGCUUUUUUAUCAGAUAACUGUGGUAUGUAACGUUACGUGUAUCUAAGAGUAACCUCACAAGCACAAUAGAAAUAUACAAAGUUAUUGAUAAGAGCUUAUCAGACGCAGUUCAUAAUCUGAUGCGCGCUUACUGUGUUGUUUACGGUACUUUAGUCACGUCGAGUUUAAAGUUUUGUUUCUACUUUACUAUACGUUUUGUCAUUUAUGUGUAUCAUCUUUAGCACCCAGAAUCUUUAGUGGCUCAAACAUAUAUGUGUUCAGCUGCUAUUUUCACACAUCAAUGUUUUUAUAACAUUUCCCCACAUGUAAUGAUGGGGAAUGAAGCCGUCCAAUCAUAGCAGUGGGUGUUUACGUCCAGGUCUUCAAUGCGGCCCGCCCCUUCAAACGAAGCUUUUCUCCAGAGAGCCACUAAUCCAUUUUACAAAAUAGCCUAUUACUUAUUGUUUUUGAUGUUUUUGAAUGUAAAAGCCAUGCGAACAUCAUAAGUAGACCUCAGACAACAGUAUAAAACAAUAAAAUCAUCAAAUUCACCGCCCCUUUAAGGAAUAGUUCACUCAAAAAUUUUGGGUGUGGAACAACAUUAGGGAUAAAUGUGACCCUGGACCACAAAAUCGCAUGGGUAAAUUUGUAGCAAUAGCUAAUGUAUGGGUCAAAAUUAUCAUUUUUUUAUGCCAAAUAUCAUUAGUAUACAAGUAAAGAUCAUGUUCCAUAAAGAUAUUUUGUAAAUUUCCUACCGUAAAUAUAUCAAAAGUGUAUUUAUCAGUAUUAAUAUCUGUCGCUAAGGACUUUAUUUACACAACUUUAAAGGCAAUUUUCUAAAUAAUAAUUAGAUUUUUUGCAUUCUCAAAUUAUUUUUUUAUUAAUUUAUUAAUUUUAUGUAUUAAAAAUAAUACUUUAUUGCAUUUUUUAAUUAUUACAAAUACAUUUUAAAAAUGAUAUUUUCACCUCCAGACACUUCCGUAAAAAACGUUAAAGUGUCUUCUUUAAAACAAGACCAAAAUAGACCAAAAAAAUGCCAGAGUUAUAUUGAUUUGAAGGUGUACAUCACCUUUUCACCAAAUCCCCACUCAAAAAGGAGUUGAUGUAUGAAUCUCAAUUUACUGGUAUUGUGAUCCAGGGUCACAAAUAAUGUUUGUUUAGGGAGGUAACUAUUUAAACAUUAAUAUUUCUGCAUUUGGCAGAACCUUUUAUCCAAAGCGACUUACAAUGCAUUUAGGUUAUAUACACAUUUUAUCAGUAUGUGUGUUCCCCCAGGAUAUUUGUGUUGCUAACACAAUGCUCUACAUAAUGUAAAAUAAAAAAAUACAAAUGUAUUUUGUAUUACGGAACAUUUCUGUAAUUUAUUGUGCCUGGUAUUUUACGGUAUUUUUCCUGCACCCCAGCUCCCAGAAUUUUACCCUUUUUUACGGAUUUUUUUACAGUGCAGGUUGAGCUACAGAAACGGGAGCUAUAUUCCAAUUCCUAAACCGACGGUUCCUUAUGGGAGAUGCAUAUGUAUUAGGCAUCUGUUCAAAUAAGUACAUCAGUCAACGGGCGCAGACUUUGGUUUCAGCACAGAAAUUGGAGCCCUGCUCUCUCUCUUAUAGUUUACUUUUGCAUGACCCAGGUUAGCUGCUGAGUUGAGGGAAGGUUUAUGGUGCAUGACGUAGCUUGAAUUUUAAAGGCAAGAUUAAAUGUGCACACAACCCUUUGUGGAAUGAGCUAAGCGAUAUUACGCAAUGUUAUUUUUACAUGUCAAUAAAAUAGCAGGGUCCAGUCCAUACAGCAGGAUUUGACAAACCGUAUGUUAUGAUUUAUGUUGUUUUACUACUUUUAACCAUUUUAUGAGAAAAACAAUAAAAAUGUAAGGACAACUCAUUUAAGAUUUUAUUUUUAUGGUAUGCCUUUUUAAUGUCUUCAGCAUUACUGGCAAUUAAAAACAGUGCCGGCACCCAACUUGCAAUUUACCUCUAAUGACUAGAUUAGAAAAGAAAACAAGCUAGCUAACUACUGACCCACAGCAGAUGCCAUUGAACCAAAAAAUUGAAUGCAGUAUGGUUGUAAAUUCAUUCUCCCCCGAAAAUCAGCACCUCAAAUGGUCAUCGUGAAAGCUGGUGCUGGGGACUCAUAAAACCAAAGAGAUGGGGUUCGCCAGAAAAGUGUGCAGUCGCAGUGAGGGACCUCCAAUUACCAUCUGAAAAUCUGUGAAGUUUUAACUGUUGGUCAUCUGUAACCAUGUGGUUUGUGGUAUAGGAGUCGUAUUUACCCAUGUGGUUUUGUGUUUGAUCACUUCCACGAACUGCAUUUUAAAUGGCAUUGUGGAAUCCAGAGCUUCUGUAUUGCCGAAUCCAUGCAUAAACAAUAUAACGAUGUAUUGUAUACAGUAGUGCACGCACCCCUGCAGUUACUGCGAUUUUGCAUAACUUGGCAAGAAAUGCAUCAUUAAACAUGUUAAAUAUGCAUUUUUGUCAUUUUGUUUAGCAGUACAACCAUUAAAAUGCAAUUUUAUCUUGGUGAGUUUUUUAUUUAUUUCUUACAAAAAAAUGGUCAAACAACGGUACCAAAAUGUCUGGGGCAGUACCCUAUUAAAGAGUUCCUAACAUGUAUCAUUUAGGGAUAGAUUUUAUGUAUACAUUUGGUACAGAUAUACUUUUGAGGUACUAAUAUGCACUCUUUGGUACCAAUAUGCACGUUUGAGGUACUAAUAUGAACUCUUUAGGUACAAAGGUGUACUUUUUGAAAGGAUAUUGCCCCAGUGAUAGCAAAGGAUCCUUUUUUUAACAUUUCUCUUGAUCGUGUCGAAAGAAUAUGUCAGAUGUCUGACCUAUUAAUGGUAUCCAUUUUGCCAACGUAUUUCAAAAUGAUCUUCACAUAACACUUUCAAAAAAUGUUUCAAAAUUUGUACCCAAGUUGCCACUGGAGCUGUACCCUUUCAAAGAGUAUAGCUUUAAUAGUAUAUAACAAAUGUAUAAAUAUCUGUAUGGUAGGGGAGAACUAGGGCGAAAGUAACGUGGGACGGAAGUAACAAAGCGAUUUUUCUCCAAGCCCUGAUUACAUUUUGAUUCCAAACUAUGACAGCAUCUAUUGCUCGCAACUCUUGACAGAGCUGACAAAUAUUGUGUUAUUUUGUCACCGUUUUGCGCGUGUAGGUCCAGAAUGCUGUUUUUGACCAUGAUAAGUAAUUCCUAGAGCGGUCAUUUUUUUCUUAUAACGCGUUGUGUUUCUGGUUUCAUGUGUUUCGGUACUGAUCAAUCAACAGGUUAGUGCUCUAACACAUCCUGAAGUUUGCCUUCUCAGAGUUUUUCAAAAUAAAGUAUUUUGGGUUUAAAUGUAAGAAGUUCCUGUCAGGAAGAAAGUAAUACUUGUUACUUUUGUUCCGCUGCUAAUAGUGUUGCAUUUUGUUUAAAAAUUGAUAUUUUUCUAAUUUGAUUUAAUUUAAUUUUCAUAGUGUUCAAACUGUUGAAAAAAUGUAUUCUCAACAAUUCAAGUUUGUACUGUCGGGUUGCUUUUAAAACAUUAAAACUGAAAUUUAAAAUGAAAA